AUGAUAUCGGCUUUGGAAGCCGACGAUAUUGAAAGCAUCGCCAUUCAGCGACUUUGUUGUCUAAAAGACAAACCACAUGGUGACGGUGGUUCCCACCCCCCGGAAUAUAUCUCCGCCGCCGGAACCUGCAACUCUUCCCAAAAAGCUUGAUGCCGGAGCUCUAUUCGUUCUCAAAUCCCGAGGAUCAUGGUUACAUUGUGGGUAUCAUUUGACGACUGCGAUCGUAGCACCGGCACUACUGAGCCUACCAUUUGCCUUGGCGUUGUUGGGGUGGGAGAGCGGUGUGAUGGUGCUAGUGCUCGCCGGAGUCGUCACAUUCUACUCCUACAAUCUCCUCUCUCUAGUCUUGGAACACUAUGCCUAUCUUGGUCGUCGUCAACUCAGGUUCCGCGACAUGGCCCACGACAUUUUAGGCCCGGGAUGGGGUCGAUACUAUGUGGGCCCACUUCAAUUGGGCUCAUGUUAUGGUGCCGUUAUUGCGUGUACUUUGCUUGGUGGACAAAGUCUCAAGUUUAUAUACUUGUUGGCAAGACCAAAUGGAAGUAUGCAAUUAUCCCAUUUUAUUGUGAUAUUUGGAAGCUUUACACUCAUUUUAGCCCAAAUCCCAUCUUUCCAUUCCUUGAGGCACAUCAACCUUGUCUCCCUCAUCUUGUGCUUUGCUUAUUGUGCUUGUACAACUGCUGGUGCGAUUUAUAUCGGAAACUCGAAUCACGCGCCUCCCAAAAACUAUUCUUUGACGGGAAUCGGAGUAAAUCGUGUUUUUGGAUUCUUCAAUGCUAUUUCGAUAAUUUGUACGACUUACGGCAACGGAAUUAUUCCCGAGAUACAGGCCACAAUAGCUGAACCAGUGAAGGGUAAAAUGCUGAAGGGCUUAUUGGUGUGUUAUGCAGUUGUGAUCUCAAACUAUUUUAGUGUUGGGAUUUCUGGUUAUUGGGCAUUUGGUAAUCAAGUUCAAAGCUCUGUUCUUCAAAAUUUUAUGGACAAUUCUAACCCUCUGUUGCCCAAAUGGUUCCUUCUUAUGACCAAUGGCUUCACUGUUUUGCAAGUAGCAGCUUGUACUUUGGUUUACUUGCAACCAUCAAAUGUGGUUUUAGAACGCAGAUUUGCAAAUCCCGAGAAAAGUCAGCUCUCGAUGAGAAACUUCGUGCCACGCUUGAUAUCAAGAUCAUUAUCGGUGAUCAUCGCAACUACUUUUGCAGCAAUGUUGCCGUUUUUCGGAGACAUAAUGGCAUUGUUUGGUGCAUUCGGUUGCAUCCCUUUGGAUUUCAUUUUGCCCAUGAUUUUCUACAACUUGACGUUCAAACCAUCCAAAAAAGGGUUCGUGUUUUGGGUGAACACGGUGAUUGGUGUCGUGUCAACUGGGCUCUCGUUGAUCGGGGCUGUGGCAUCAGUACGACAAAUCAUUCUAGAUGCCAGAACAUAUCGUUUGUUUGCUGAUAUGUAAGUUUCCU